AUGAAUGCCCUGCAGGGCAUUGAUGUGCUGGACUUCUCCUUCUUCCCGAGCGCUGUGCCGGACUCUGUGGUUUAUGCUGGUGCGGCGCAUGGCAUUCAGGUGAUUGCCACGCAGAGUGGUUUUGCAGAGCCUGUGCAUGGCCGGCUCUUGGUGGCCAUGUAUGCCUGGGAUGGGAAUGCGCAUCCGGGCAAUGAGUGGUCCGUGGCGCUGAUCGCCCUGCUGAAUCAGAUCGGAAGCUUCGUGCCCUGUCGGAGAGCCGUUCUUCCCUGCUUCGAUUCCAUCAUGUGCCGUGUCGGUGCGUCGGAUGUGCAACUGCGAGGCAUCUCCACGUUCAUGGCAGAGAUGCUUGAGGCCUCCUGUAUCCUCAAGACCGCCACGGAACGGUCGCUGGUCAUCGUCGAUGAGCUCGGUCGCGGCACGUCCACCUCAGACGGCUUUGGUCUCGCCUGGGCGAUUGCCAGGCAUCUCGUGGAGGACAUCCGCUGCUUCACCCUGUUUGCCACGCAUUUCCAUGAGCUAGCCUCAUUGGAGCACAAAACCGCAGCUGUGCGCAACAGGCACGCCACAGCAGCGGUGGACCAGGCCAGCGGGAGGCUCACCUUCCUCUAUGCCCUGGCAGAUGGCGCGGCCGAUCAGAGCUACGGUGCCUACGUGGCGGAGCUGGCCGGCUUCCCCGCGCGCGUUGUGGCAUCCGCACGACAACGCCUUGUACGGAAACUAGCGGCUGAGACCAGCUUGUUUCAGGUCACUUCCUUCGACGAUAGGAGCAGCGAAGAAUCGAUGAAUCCGUUCAGCUCGCUAAGCAUCCUAGGGAAAAUCUGGCAGGGGAAUGGCUUCUCCCAUCUUCAGCUUUUCCAGGUUCUGGAUGCAGGACUCCGAAAGUACGGGAUCCCAAAUCUGGGAGGCAUCCAGAUAUGUCUGCAGUGCCAAGUCUUCAGCAAACUCAAGGACUUCGCCGACCGAGUGAUCCAAGAGUUGCCCAAGCUGAAGCUGCGAUUCUGCCUCUGCACGGUGUCGGAGAGUUCGAUGUCCUACAAACUGCUUGCGCAGGAAGAUGAUCCACAGGCUUCGGAAGCGGCAUUGCGACUGAAGGCUUUGCUGCGGAGCGGAGGCCAAGACACUACGGCGCCCGCAGACUCCGUGCUCACGAUUCUGCCUCCCAGUUCUGCCAACACAGUUCUGCCUGGCUCGGUGAACACAAUUCUGCCUGGCUCCGUGGCUACAGCUGUGCCCCUGGAGGUGCCGCUUCAUUCGGAGCCAGUCUCUGAGAGGGCGCUGCCUUUGAUCUUCGGCAGUACUCUUGCCCUGUGGUUUUUCUGGCUUUGCAGCCGCAAAUUGGAGCAUCUUCCAGAAGGAAUCCCCGCCAUCCUGCUGGGGCUCUGGAUGACAUUUCAGGUACACAAAGUGCAGAAUUUCGCAGUACUCGUAAAGCCUGUGUUGGUUUGGAUAUGGCUCGCCACGCUUCCCAGCCUUGAUCGGAUGACCUGGUGGGCACUGGGCCUUCAAAUGCUCGGCGCGUUGGUCAGUGCCAUUGCUAUCUACCUCUGGGCCGUUGCGCGAGAGAAGGCACCAGGGCUUGCCCGGAGUUUCGGCUACUGUGGCCUUGCCAUAUCCUGGCUGCUGGCUCUGCUGGCGUACCUUCCGCUGGGCUGGGCUCCGGUCACCUUCGCCUUUCCCGGGAUCGCCUGCUGGGUCUUGGGAUUCCCUGCGGAUGCAAGAGCCGUGGAGAAAGCCGACUGGAGGACAUGGCUUCAGAAUGUCGGCUUGCUUUUGGCAUGGUCUUUCAGUCUACCAGUGCUCUGCGCAACCGGCUCUCACCAGCUCUUCCUUCUCCUCAGCUUCUUGGUGUCGGCGUUUAGAGACUUGGGUGACUCUGGGCAGUUUGGUGGCCUUGGCCUUAUCGGCCUCGGCCCUCUUCACGUCGCCUCAUGGGGGGUGCGAAUGCUGCUACUGCUAUUGCUGGCCCUGCUGCCAGUCGCUCUUAGCUCCAACCUCGAGGACAGCAUCCGAUGGACAGUGCCAGAUGUAAGCCCAGCAGCUUACAUCGAAGUGAACAUCACACAGCCCUUUCUGCAUCUGAAGUCCCAUGGCAUACGCUGGCUUGAGCUGCCACAGCCAGUUUGGCCGAGCAUGGCAGAGAUUCCGUCGCACCUUUGGGUGCCUAGAGCCAAGUACUGGAUCUCCCUGAUGCUUCUGAAGUACUUCGUGGUGCUCGCGGUUUCUGCCGCCCUCCUGCGCAUUGGUUGGCCCUACCACCCAAAGGACCUGUACAAGCCGAAGAGCGGCGCCUUUAAAGCAUCGACGCUUAGCCUGGAGGAGGCCUAUGAAAGGGCCACUGCUGGCGCCAAGACCGGGAAGGGGCUACAAGAAGUUCUCUUCUUCUGGGCCCUCUCCGAUGAGUCUCGAAAUCUCCUCCUCUCCGUGCUUCUGCUCUGCUGGCUGAUCUUGUGCUCGAAGUUGACGAUCUCGGCUAGCCGGGGAGGACAGCUGAGUGCCGCUGGCAUGUCUUGGGAGGCCUGGGACCUUCUCUGGACGUCUCAGCUGCUUCUAUUUUUCUUACAGGCACUGGUCAUGAGGUUCAACAGCACUUGCAGCUACAGUGCCAUGGAUGUUGCGCUGUCGUCUCGAACCCUCUUUCCCUUCAUGGGCGAUGGCUUCGACGUUGUGAAAGAUGCAAUGCUUGCGAACAUGGUGAUGCAGUCGGAAAUUCACUGGGUCCGCUACUUAGGAUACAUGGGCCUCGCCUACGUCUGGAUGCUGCACUUCUACUGGCUUUGGCCAGGAGCAUCGGGCAGAGAAAGACUGGAUCGGAGCUACCUGACCCUUCUUUUUCUGAAGCCGCGCGAAGUAGAUGCUCCCCAGCCAAGCCUCUCAGAACGGGCGUGUCAAGUGGCUUAUGUGGAGACGGAGCCUUCUAGGCAGAAGGCUAUGCUGCUGGAGGAUGCUCCGCAAGCGCUGCUGGAGUUGCUGGCUCUGGGCGUGACGAAGCCGUUUCCGUUAGCCAUGAACCUUGUGAUCCCCGGCCUCCGGCUACUGGCCGCCACACAGCUUCACAACUCCAUCGCCUGGCGGGUGCGUAGCUGGCUCUUGCAGGAAGCCCUCGCUGCCUCGGGAGGCUUAUGCCCAGAAGGUUUCGGGAACCGGGAUCGCUAUGCAGAAGCGCUUUGCAGGCUGCAACUGGUGUAUGGCAAGCUUUGGGAGAGCUUCAGCGAAGAGCUUCGUAGCACUGCACAGAGAGCAGCCAAGAAGUCAAAGGAGGUGAGCUUCAUCACAGAGUGGGUGAAGCUUCAAGAGCUUCAAGUGACGAAGCCAGAGCUGGAGCUCUUUCCAGACGCUCCGCUGACUCUUCGUCGCCUACAACCUGCAGCCCUGAAGGCGCCAAGGAUCGCCUCAGGUACCACGUGCAUUGAAAAGUGCAUGAGGCCUGUGCUCUUGAUCGACCGGGACCAGAGUGAGAAAGGGCUCCCUGCAGCAAAAGCCGACAGCGAAGUCCUUCUGACAGUGCAUACUUCCUCUCCGCUUUUUCUGUUUGACCAUGGUAUUGCUGCAGUCAUCGCGCGCUUGCGGCGCUUGGGCCCAGACUAUAGAAAGCUGCGACUCACCAUGCAAACCUUUGAAGGAAAGCGGCAGAUCAGCGACAUCUCAGCUUUGCCAAGUCAGUGCUUGAGCGCCUUACUCCAGGGACUGGGCGAGAGCGCCUACAUCCGCACAGUUGUCCUCGACCUGGCUGAGAUGUAUGAAGAGACAGACCCUGCCAAGCCUUUCCUGAAGGGGCUAAGGCAUCUGGUGGAGGUGACAGAGCUCGAAAUCAACUUGCGCCAGACGCGAAUGGACGAUGCAAGUUGCCAUGCUCUUGCCGAGUCGCUUUGUUGCCUUCAGGUCAGCCAACUGAGACUGGAUCUCAGUGGGAAUUAUGAUCAUCGGCUCUCCUGCCGUACCCUGCGCAUCUCGGAGCGCGGUCGCUCCGCCAUCAUUGAGAGCGCGUCAAAACUACAUGAGCUCAAGCGAUUUGAGCUCAUCUGUGAUUUAAAGGAUCGCUACGAGGUCCGUGAUACAGAACUCGAGGAGUACCAUAGUAAGCUUCGGCACAUCCCCGAUGUGCGAGUCGAAUACGCGGAAGCGUGA